AUGGCCAAAGGCAGUGCACAUUUGAAGGUCUGGUGCAAGACAAGGUUGCAAGAGCUGGCUCCCAACGUCCACAUUGUCAAUCUUUUCGGCACGACGGAGACACAACGGGCGGUGAGCUUCUUUGAAAUCCCAAGCCGAAACGCAGAUCCGAAAUAUCUCGACACACUCGGUGACGUCAUCCCUGUUGGGCAAGGCAUGAAAGAUGUCCAACUGCUCAUUGUCGAUCGAGAGAACAAAGACCGCCUCUGCGAUGUUGGUGAGACGGGGGAGAUCUAUGUCCGCGCUGGCGGAUUAGCCGAAGGGUAUCUCGGACUCGAAGAUCUGACCAAGCAAAAGUUCGUUGACAAUUGGUUUGUGGAUCCGAAGAGUGGGUUGUCGAAGAUGAAGAACGAGUCAAAGCAUUGA